AUGCUUCUACUAGGUGCUGGUGAAUCUGGAAAGUCCACAAUCCUGAAACAGAUGAAGCUCAUUCACGAUGGUGGAUAUUCACCAGAGGAAAGAGAUUACUUCGAUUCCAUCGAUCGUAUUUCCCAGGCAGACUAUUUCCCGACUGACCAGGAUGUGUUGCGAUCACGUGUGAAGACCACCGGUAUUACUGAGACGACAUUCUUCAUUGGUGAACUGACUUACCGAAUGUUUGAUGUUGGUGGUCAACGUUCAGAGCGAAAGAAAUGGAUUCACUGCUUUGAGAAUGUAACAGCCAUCGUGUUCUUGGUGGCCAUCUCAGAAUAUGACCAAUUGUUGCUGGAAGACGAGACGGUGAAUCGUAUGCAAGAAGCCCUGACGCUAUUCGAUUCUAUCUGCAAUUCACGAUGGUUCGUCAAGACCUCUAUUAUCUUAUUCUUGAAUAAGAUAGAUCGUUUCAUGGAGAAAUUGCCAAUCUCCCCGAUGAGCAAUUAUUUCCCAGACUACGAAGGUGGUGAUAACUAUGACGCUGCCUGCGAUUACAUACUUAACCGUUUCGUCUCGCUGAACCAAUCCGAGAGCAAACAAAUCUACACACAUUUCACAUGUGCCACUGACACUCAACAGAUCAAAUUUGUCAUGGCGGCUGUGAAUGACAUUAUUAUCCAAUCGAACUUGAGAGAAGUUGGCUUACUAUAA